GUGAGUGCCGCCGCUGCCCAGGACCCCCGGCCCCGAAGGUGUUGGCUGAAAUAUGGAGAAUAGUCUUGGAUGUGUUUGGGUACCCAAGCUGGCUUUUGUACUCUUCGGAGCUUCCCUGCUCAGCGCGCAUCUUCAAGUCACCGGUUUCCAAAUUAAAGCCUUCACAUCCCUGCGCUUCCUGUCGGAACCCUCUGAUGCCGUCACGAUGCGGGGAGGAAGCGUCCUCCUGAACUGCUCUGCGGAGUCGGACCGCGGAGUGCCGGUCAUCAAGUGGAGGAAAGACGGCAUCCACCUCGCCCUGGGGCUGGAGGAGAGGAAGCAGCAGCUUCCCAAUGGGUCUCUACUGAUACAGAACAUCCUCCAUUCCAGACACCACAAGCCAGACGAGGGACUUUAUCAAUGUGAGGCGUCUCUGGGAGAUUCCGGGUCAAUUAUCAGUCGGACAGCGAAAGUUGCAGUAGCAGGACCAUUGAGGUUCCUUUCCCAGACAGAAUCCGUCACAGCCUUCAUGGGAGAUACAGUGCUACUUAAGUGUGAAGUCAUCGGGGAGCCCAUGCCAACAAUACAUUGGCAGAAGAACCAGCAAGACCUGACUCCAGUCCCAGGGGACUCUAGGGUGGUGGUCUUGCCCUCUGGAGCAUUGCAAAUCAGCAGACUUCAACCAGGGGACAUUGGAAUCUAUCGAUGCACAGCUCGGAAUCCAGCCAGCUCCAGAACAGGAAAUGAAGCAGAAGUCAGAAUUUUAUCAGAUCCGGGACUGCACAGGCAGCUGUAUUUUCUACAGAGACCCUCCAAUGUAGUAGCCGUUGAAGGACAAGAGGCGGUCCUGGAGUGCUGCGUUUCUGGCUAUCCUCCGCCAAGUUUUACCUGGUUACGAGGCGAGGAAGUCAUCCAACUCAGGUCUAAAAAGUAUUCUUUAUUGGGUGGAAGUAACUUGCUUAUCUCCAACGUGACAGAUGAUGACAGUGGAACUUACACCUGUGUUGUCACGUAUAAAAAUGAGAACAUUAGUGCCUCUGCAGAGCUCACAGUCCUGGUUCCACCCUGGUUUUUAAAUCACCCUUCCAACCUCUAUGCCUAUGAAAGCAUGGACAUUGAGUUUGAAUGUGCAGUCUCUGGAAAGCCUGUGCCCACUGUGAAUUGGAUGAAGAAUGGAGAUGUGGUCAUUCCUAGUGAUUAUUUUCAGAUAGUGGGAGGAAGCAAUUUACGGAUUCUUGGAGUGGUGAAGUCAGAUGAAGGCUUUUAUCAAUGUGUGGCUGAAAAUGAAGCUGGAAAUGCCCAGAGCAGUGCACAGCUUAUCGUCCCUAAGCUUGCUAUCCCAAGCUCCAGUGUCCUCCCUUCUGCUCCCAGAGAUGUGGUCCCUGUCUUAGUUUCCAGUCGGUUUGUCCGUCUCAGCUGGCGCCCACCUGCAGAAGCAAAAGGGAAUGUUCAAACCUUCACAGUCUUUUUCUCCAGAGAAGGUGACAACAGGGAGCGAGCACUGAAUACAACCCAGCCUGGGUCCCUACAGCUUACUGUGGGCAACCUGAAGCCAGAAGCCAUGUACACGUUCCGAGUAGUGGCCUACAACGAGUGGGGUCCAGGGGAGAGUUCCCAACCCAUCAAGGUGGCUACCCAGCCUGAAUUGCAAGUGCCAGGGCCAGUAGAAAACCUGCAAGCUGUAUCUACCUCACCUACCUCAAUUCUUAUUACCUGGGAACCCCCUGCCUAUGCAAAUGGUCCAGUCCAAGGAUACAGAUUGUUCUGCACUGAAGUGUCCACAGGCAAAGAACAGAAUAUAGAGGUUGAUGGACUCUCUUAUAAACUGGAAGGCCUGAAGAAAUUCACGGAGUAUAGUCUUCGAUUCCUAGCUUAUAAUCGCUAUGGGCCAGGAGUAUCUACUGAUGAUAUAACAGUGGUUACGCUCUCUGAUGUGCCAAGUGCCCCACCUCAGAACGUCUCGCUGGAAGUGGUGAAUUCGAGGAGCAUCAAAGUAAGCUGGCUGCCUCCUCCAUCAGGAACACAAAAUGGAUUCAUUACUGGCUAUAAAAUUCGACAUAGAAAGACGACCCGCAGGGGUGAGAUGGAAACACUGGAGCCAAACAACCUCUGGUACCUGUUCCCAGGACUGGAGAAGGGCAGUCAGUACAGCUUCCAAGUGUCAGCCAUGACAGUCAACGGCACUGGACCCCCCUCCAACUGGUAUACAGCAGAGACCCCAGAGAAUGAUCUGGACGAAUCUCAAGUCCCUGAUCAGCCAAGCUCUCUUCAUGUGAGACCUCAGACCAACUGCAUAAUCAUGAGUUGGACCCCUCCCUUGAACCCAAACAUUGUAGUGAGAGGUUACAUUAUUGGAUACGGUGUUGGGAGCCCUUAUGCGGAGACCGUGCGCGUGGACAGUAAGCAGCGAUAUUAUUCCAUUGAGAGAUUAGAGUCAAGUUCCCAUUACGUAAUCUCCCUAAAAGCUUUUAACAAUGCAGGAGAAGGAGUUCCUCUUUAUGAAAGUGCCACUACCAGAUCCAUAACAGAUCCCACUGACCCAGUUGAUUAUUAUCCUUUGCUUGACGAUUUCCCCACCUCCGUCCCAGAUGUCUCCACCCCCAUGCUCCCACCAGUAGGUGUACAGGCUGUGGCUCUCACCCACGAGGCUGUGAGGGUCAGCUGGGCAGACAACUCUGUCUCUAAGAACCAAAAGACUUCCGACGUGCGGCUUUACACUGUCCGGUGGAGGACCAGUUUUUCUGCCAGUGCCAAAUACAAGUCAGAAGACACAACAUCUCUAAGUUACACAGCAACAGGCCUCAAGCCAAACACAAUGUAUGAGUUCUCAGUCAUGGUAACAAAGAACAGACGAUCAAGCACAUGGAGCAUGACAGCACAUGCCACCACAUAUGAAGCAGCCCCGACCUCUGCUCCCAAGGAUUUGACAGUCAUUACCCGGGAAGGGAAGCCUCGAGCUGUCAUUGUGAGCUGGCAGCCUCCAUUGGAAGCCAAUGGAAAAAUCACUGCUUACAUUUUAUUUUAUACCUUGGACAAGAAUAUACCAAUCGAUGACUGGAUUAUGGAAACAAUCAGUGGUGAUCGGCUCACUCAUCAGAUCAUGGAUCUCAACCUCGACACCAUGUACUAUUUCCGAAUCCAAGCACGGAAUGCGAAAGGAGUGGGGCCCCUCUCUGACCCAAUUCUUUUCAGGACUCUGAAAGUGGAACACCCUGACAAAAUGGCUAAUGACCAAGGUCGUCAUGGAGAUGGGGGUUAUUGGCCAGUAGAUACUAAUUUGAUUGAUAGGAGCACUCUCAAUGAGCCACCCAUCGGACAGAUGCACCCCCCACACGGCAGUGUCACCCCACAGAAGAACAGCAACCUGCUUGUGAUCAUCGUGGUCACUGUCGGUGUCAUCACGGUGCUGGUCGUGGUGAUUGUGGCCGUGAUUUGCACUCGGCGCUCUUCAGCUCAGCAGAGAAAGAAACGGGCCACCCACAGUGUUGGCAAAAGGAAAGGCAGCCAGAAGGAGCUCCGACCUCCUGAUCUUUGGAUCCAUCAUGAAGAAAUGGAGAUGAAAAACAUGGAGAAGCCCUCAGGCACUGACCCUGCGGGAAGAGAUUCCCCCUCCCAAAGUUGCCAAGACCUCACACCAGUCAGCCACAGCCAGUCAGAAACCCAACUGGGGAGCAAAAGCACCUCUCAUUCAGGUCAAGACACUGAGGAAGCAGGCAGCUCCAUGUCCACCCUGGAGAGGUCACUGGCUGCUCGCCGAGCUACACGGGCUAAGCUCAUGAUUCCCAUGGAGGCCCAGGCCAACAAUCCUGCUGUUGUGAGUGCCAUCCCUGUACCAACCCUAGAAAGUGCCCAGUACCCAGGAAUCCUCCCAUCUCCCACCUGUGGAUAUCCCCACCCGCAGUUCACUCUCCGGCCCGUGCCAUUCCCAACACUGUCAGUGGACCGAGGAUUCGGAGCAGGAAGAACUCAGUCAAUAAGUGAAGGACCAACCACCCAGCAACCACCCAUGCUACCCCCAGCUCAGCCCGAGCAUCCCAGCAGUGAGGAGGCACCAAGCAGAACCAUCCCCACGGCCUGUGUUCGACCGACGCAUCCACUCCGCAGCUUUGCUAACCCUCUGCUACCUCCGCCAAUGAGUGCAAUAGAACCGAAAGUCCCUUACACACCACUUUUGUCUCAGCCAGGGCCUACUCUUCCCAAGACCCACGUUAAAACAGCCUCUCUUGGAUUGGCUGGAAAAGCUAGAUCCCCUUUGCUUCCUGUGUCUGUGCCAACAGCCCCUGAAGUGUCUGAGGAGAGCCACAAACCAACAGAGGAUCCAGCUAAUGUCUAUGAGCAGGAUGAUUUGAGUGAACAAAUGGCAAGUUUAGAAGGGCUAAUGAAGCAACUUAAUGCCAUCACAGGCUCAGCCUUUUAACAUGCAUUGCCCAGCUGAGGAGGUGACUAUGCCAGGAAUUUCGCAACAUACCAGUUAUUCAUAAGCAGCACACCUGUGUCCACGAACUCUAACCACUAGACAGGUCAAUCACCACGGCCACUCAGUACAGGAAGAUCUUGAAGCAGUCCAGAAGGAAUACGCAUCCCUUCUUUUAUAGGCAUCAGGAAUUGUAAAUUGAAGACUAUGAGGUCCCUAAAAACAAGCAAGAAUGCAUUUUCACUGCAAUGUCAAGGCUGACAAGCUGCUAGAAUAGUCCUGGGUCUUUGCCACUGCAGUGACGUCACUGUCAUAGUGAAUGCCCAUAUUUUCCUUCUUCAUCAAGGCCUGUUGUUUUGUGUGUAGGUCUAGUCUUACAAAAUGCAAGUGCAUUAUUUAAGCCCAUACCAUGGCCAUGGCCAACUAGUGCAAGCAGCUCACUGUUUUGUUUUCAUCUUUAAAUUACAAAGCACCCGUAGGAAUUCUCUCACUCCAUAGCACCAAAGGAUUGGAUGUUUUCCUGACAGCACAAAAAGUAAAUAAGUAAACAAACACAAGGCAGUGAAUGCCUAUGUUUGUAACUCAGUCAUUCAUCUUGCAGAAGCAGCAUAUAUUAGCAAGUGGCUGUAGAAAAUCACCCAUUUUAGCAAGUAUCUGUAAAUCCACCAUUCGUUAGCAUUUAUGUCUAGAGUACAGGAACAUAAAAAUCUGCAACUAAUGGCAUCCUGCCAGCAGCAGUUCAUUUCCAGAAAGAAGAUACAAUAUGCAAUCUUCCUAGACACAUGGUAAUUAUGUGCUUAAGCUUGUAAUAGGACACUUUUCACUUUGGGUGGCUUCUCUGCCAUCCCACACUGUGAUGACAUCUCAAAGCUUCCGCAUGGGCAUCUUCCUCAGGAGACUGGCUAGGAGUGCCCCCUGCCCCUUAGCCCCAUACCUCCCUUAGUUCUCCUUGGAAACUAGCGUUGGGUGAUGUGGCUUGUCCCCACACAGUGUGUGGCCUCUCAGCCAGUGUCCUCAGAACCCCAGAAGGAAGAGGCAGACUCCCUAAGAGCAUGCCCUGAGGAAGGGAAGGAGAAGAGAAGACAGUUUCCAAAAGCACCUUCUCUUGGGUAAUGCCAGUUCCACCUGCAGUGUCCUAGACUGAGUAGCACGGAUGAGUGCUGAUGCCCAGGCCUUGCUGCCAAGGGAACCCUCCACACCAUGCUUGUUCCAGAGUCAAGGAGGAGUGGGAGAAAAAGUGCCACCUGACACUCGUGGCACGUCAUAAAUCCAGUGGAUGCUUUUCAAAGCAGAUUCUUAAACUGUGGGCAAAAUGUUAAACUUCUAUUGCUAUGUUUAUUCUACAGCUUGGAACUAGCUGAAAUUAAGAACAUUUUGUGUGUACGCUUUUAUUUUCUGAAUUUUCAGCUGCAUUUGGAGUUAAUCCCAGUUUAUGCAGCUGUAUCGCCAAAAGGAAGCUAGUUUGCAUAUUUAUCAUUUAGGUGACUUGAAAACCCAAUGAGAGUUUCAGCUGAAUUAGUCCUUUCAGCUCUGCCUUUGAUUUCAAGCUUGAGUAGGUCAUAAUUUUAAAAGAGCAUGGAAGGGAUAGGAUCUUUACAACCUAAUAGCUCCUUUUAUUAGGUGGGUAAUUAUAUAUGAAUCCCCGAAUGAAAUAUUUUGAGCAAAAUGGCACUGUAACAGAAGUAAUAAUUCAGAUUAUUUUUUUACAGUUUUAUGUCUGGAAGGAAAUCUGUUGUCAAAGAGAGGGCUUGUUCAAAUGGUUCAUUAGAAAGUCCGGUCCAUUUGCAAAACUGUUCCUUCAACAAGAGUGCUUGUUCAAUUUACUUAGAUUUUCUGGAAGUCCUUUCAAAGAGCUAUGUGACAUUAUUCAAUGGCAUGGAUUACUCUCGUUUGGCAUCUCGGCACAUAGACAACCAUCCAUUGACCUUAAAUAAGGCAUUUCCUAACAUGAUAUGGAAUCCUUGAGAAUUAACCAAUUGCUUCAAAAAGAGAAAAUAUCAUUAAGUUAAACUCUCUUCAGGCCCCAGAAUAGCUGCCCCUUUCCAGUGUUUAUCAAUGAAAAACAUUCUCUCAAGAUAUUUGGAAUCCAGGGUAGAUCAUCUUGCACCUCAAUUUGGCACGGGCUGCAAAUGUUACAUUUUGGGGAUUAAGUCAGAACAUCAAUCUGUAGAAUGCAGUUGGACAACCAACAAAGUUAACAUUUUUGCAAAAUUCUAGACCCUUCAAAGUUAGUGAUUUUAAAAAGGGCAAGUUUUUUGAAAAUUCAUAGGAAACACACAGCAUUCACUUUCAGUGGGAGUGCUAUUUCUGCUGCAUGCUCUUGAAACUUUCUUCGUUAAACAAAUACAAUGGUAUAUUUCAGUAAUUUGGAAUGCUAAUAAGUCUUACUGCCAUGCCUUGAAUAUAUAGUAGAAUCUACUUCAAUAUCUUCAAAGAAACUCUAUUGUCAUUUACUUGCUGGGUUUGAUGUGCAGUGACUUCACCCAACCAGUCUAACUUUUUGCAUAUCUCUGUUCUUUUCUCCCUCAAAUGAUCAUAAAUGUAUAUGACUACCUUCCCCAGAUUUUGGUUAACUUUAUGAUUUCCCAAUAUCCUGAAAUCUUGAAAAUAAGGAAUCUGUGAAUACGGCAAGGAAACUCUUAUGUAUUGCUCUUACUCCAAGCCUAGUUCACGGCAUGCAAGGCUCUUUAAGCUCAUAAAUCUCUCCGAAUCCCAUGGAGCAAUGCUUGACAGCCAACCAGCAGCUCUGCCUCCAGGACUCAUUUCUCCUGGAAAAAGAAGAAAUCAAAUUUGGCAGGGCAUGCUCAAGCCUCCACUGCACUGUGCUAGUCUGUCAGGCAAGAACCUCCUUUUGAAAAAGUUUGGUAUAUUUCUUUAUAUUUCAUUCUGAUGGGAAAGCUAUUUUUGUUGCUCUAGAAAUUUCUGCAUUUGUUAAACUCACAAAAAUGCAGAUAGCUCACAAUGUUUAAAGAAUAUUUGUAUAAAUUCUAGCCAAAAGUUAAUAUUUCUUGGCGAUUCAUAUUCAAUAAGAAGCCAGUCAUAGCAGCUUCCUUGUGCAACAGAUAUAUAGACUUCUAGAAUAUUUAAAUAAUGUUAAAGACCGUAGCUUUGCACCUGUGUAUUACACAAUGCACACUCUAUUAAACAAUCUGAAAAACAGAAACUAGGCCAGUCAUAUAAGAGGUGGUUUUAUAAGGUUCCCUUUCAAUGGUUAGUUAUAACAUUAGUUUCUGCAAAAAAAGGAUUGUUAAAAAAUGAAGGGUAUUUUCAAUCUCCUGCUUUGGUAGCAACUUCAAAAGGAGAGACUUCCAGCAAUAGUGUGAGGUUCCAGACAACAUUCUGUUUGGCACUGUUUAGCUUUUCCAACUGAGACUCUUUUAAGUGCAGAUCUGCCUAGAAGCCAUCCGAGUCUAGACUUGACUAUAGUUCGUGAUACUUAUCCACCUUUUGGGUAUUUCUGUUGACUUUGAUUAAAUAAGUAUCUUAAGUGCAUCUCUAAACUUAAUAUAGCAUCUUAGAUCUGGCAGCUGGAGAAUAUAUAUAUAUAUAUAUAUAUAUAGUUCCAAGAAAAAUUGCCUUUAAGAUCAAUUUACCAUUUUAGUAAUAUUGUAUUCCAGACCCAGAUCUCUUGCAGUUCUGGAAUGUUCUUUCUAGUAAAAAAAAGGGGGGGGGGGACUAGAAGAAGCCCCUAGAUUUAAAGCAAAACAACAAUGUAAUCUUUAAAAUGAAUAAUGAGGCAAGAUUGCUUUCCAUACCUACUCAGUUCAUUUCAUGUAAACACCCACAGGCCGUCCUGAAGGAUGGAGGGGAGCGUCCCAGCCUGUCCAUCACCAUAUGCACAAUACAGAGCCCACAACAAUGCAAAAGUACAGCAGUUCCACACUCAAAUCUUCACUCUUUUCAAAUCAUAGUCAAGUAACAUUUUGUUCAUAAUUUGCACUCCUGUAGUGAUUUUCAGACAUCAUUUUACUAUUUCACACAAUAGCUUUUCACUUGAAUCCACUUUUGUCAAUAAAAUUGGAUAGUCUGGAACACCAUAAUAAUUGUUUUGCAUGAUAUUCCAUUCCACUAAAAAAUAUAUCAGUGAACUUUGCUGCCCAAGUCCCUGCUUCUAAAAAGUAUUGACUCUGAAAAGAAAUGCCUGAGUAUUUCCUGGUCAGUGUGGUUGUGUAGGACAUACCAUGUUCAUACCAGCCAAAGAAUAUUACUUUGGACCUGGGUUCUCUUUUGCCACCAAUGGGUCAUGUUCACUUAGCUGACUUCCAGUCGCACUCUGAAGGACUUUUUUCUCCUGCUCUCAGAAGAGAGCCUUUGUACACUGUCACCUACAAUUUUGGUUGAUAGGACAGCAACAGUAAAAUUCCACAGGAUGUCACAAACACUGAUACAUGGGCCAGGGAUCUCACUGUGUGCUGGAGGUGUAUUUUCAGAUGCAAGAGAGGAAUGUUGGAGAGGAGGAGAAAUGCUGUUUUUUAUUAUUGUAGGGUAAACCUGACAAUUCUGAACUUUGUGAAUUGUCAGCUUGUUUGGGGGAAGGGUGGGUGGGUAUGGGGUGUACUUUUUAUAAGUAAUAUUUAAUUUAUUAUUUAGAGUGGCUUCUUUUUGGAUAAUUUAUGAUGAAAGGGAGGUCUGCUUGGGAUCAAGAUAUGGCUGUUAAAGCUGCAGUGUUCCAUAUCUGAGAGGGACCACUUUGCAAAUGAAUUGUCCAUUGCUGACUACGAGGAGGAUAAGUCCAGUCCAGGCAAAGCCUUCACCGAAGUUCCAUCAUCAACGUUGUCUCCCUUUCUAGGGUGGUUCAAAGAAGAUAACACCGAACCUAAAGUAAUUCUGAUAGCAUUUAGAAGAUCAAUGCUAUCCAUUUUCCCAAAGGGCUUUGCAAUUCAAAUUGUUAGUGUGCUAGUGAUAAGUUUAUUUGGUAGAAAUGGGUAUACUACAGCUUUAACUAGCCUUAGUGGAAAAAGAAAUUUUUUGUUGUUACAAAACACCUUUAAAAAGGUAUUUUGAGCCUACAAAGAGUUUCUUUAAAUUGUCAGAUUCUAGCAUUGUUAACCAAAUUAGACUAGUGAUUGCAAUAUUUAAGUGUAAAUUUUGUUCUAUGAGAAAGGACACUUGCUUACAGUUUAAAACAAUGACUGUUUCUACACUUGAUCUUGUAUACUACUACAUAAGGAAAGGGGGUUUUGUAAUCACUGUAGAACAGUCUCAUAUUCAUUUUUUAUAGAAAUGUUAUUCCAAUGGUGCAUUUUUUGUUUAAUAAAUAAAGUUUUGAUACAAA